AUUCAAAAUAUAAUUAUAACGGUGGUAAAUUUUAAAUCAGAACGUGACACACUAAAAACCUUUCAAAAUGACAGCUUGAUUUGGUUUGGUUUCCGCUACUGUGCUGUUGUGCUAUUUUUCAGUUUUGGAUAGGAAUAUCGCAAGAAAAUGUCGAUUUCUACGGCUACAGAUGAACGCACAGAAGGUGAUGAUGACACAUCGCAGGGCAGUCACCCAAAGGAGGACAGCAGCGAGUCUGAGAAUGAAAAUGAGCCACAGAAUCAAAAUGGUGGCUCACCAAGCCCAGAAGUCCAUGAAAUCACAAGUGACGAUGAAGAUGAGUGUAUAGUGACUAAUGAAGAUGACUCUUCAAAUUCAAGUACAGACAGUAAUGAUAGUUCUGAAGCUUCUCAGCAAAGCAAUAAAAUGAUGGAUGUACAAAAAGAAGAUAAGCAACUGGAGAAUGGUGGUGAUGAGUCUGACGUCGAAGAGGUAGCGAUGGAAGACCCACUGAACCAAAGUGCAGUUAAAAGCAAACCUAUUGUCAUUAGUGAUACAAAAAGCUUAGCAAACCUAGCUGCAAAACAAACUAAAUCAAACAGUGAUCAAAAUAAGGAGCCAACAGUUGUUAUAAUAGACACUAAUUCUAUUCUAUCUGGCAAAGGAUCUUUGCCUGUGCAAAAUAAACCUCCCGUAACAAGUACCAGCUCCAUAGAUGCACAUAAUUUAUGUCAAAGUAUUGCAGCUCGUGGAACAACAAUUACCCCUAUAAGUAGUAAAAAUACCUCUACUCAAAAUAAUAUCCCAACACCUCAGCCUAACAUAUUGCCUUCACUUACUGAUGAUAUGUUUGUUGUAGAAGCUCCUUCAUUCAUUGUUCCUUAUGUAUAUGAAAAACCGUCUCUGAAGCCAUUUAGGGAGUUUGUGGAUAAAUUAGGUAAGGAAUUAGAAGAACUUAAAAUCAAAGAAGAUCAGGAAAAACUCGAAAGGGAUAAAGAGAGAAAGGAAAGAGAGCAAAAGGAGCGGUUAGAGAGAGGUGAACCAUUGGAAGAUCCAGAAGAUGUCCAGAAGGAAUCAAAGUCUGAAAUAAAAAAAAUAGAAAAGAGGCAGAGGCGAAAGAAAAAUGAAGAUGAUGAUGAUUCUUGGGAUGGAGAAUCUACAUCUGAAUCUGAAGAUGAUGCACUAUCAGAUGAUGAGGCUGUGAUUAUUAAAUCAAGGGAUGAUACCAUAAAUGAUAUGAAAGAUCCUAUUAGUUUGAUUGCGAAAAGUCUUACUGGUGGAAAACCGGACAGUUAUUUUGACUGUUCUCUGGGGCAGUUCUUCAUAAAUAUUGGGAUAAAUUUAGUACAAGAAUAUGUACAAAGUGACUUAUUAAAACAACAAAACCGGAAAUUACAUAAAGAAAAGAAGUCUGGUCGCAGCACUAAAGCAACCGAAUCAGCCAUUGCAUCACUUACACAAAAUCUAGAGUUCAGUAAGAAAACAAAUUCCCCCUAUGCACUUGUACAGAAGAAAUGUGAAUUUUGUAGUUUUAAGACAGAGUCUAUGUUAGUCAUGGCUCAUCAUUUAGAAGCCCCUCAUAUGAGGAAUAAUAUUUAUAAAUGUAAUACAUGUGAGUUUGAAAUUCGUAGCCCACAUGACAUAUUGUUCCACAUGGAAGCUGAACACAACAUCAGAGGAAGACUUGAGAGAGCUCCUGCCUACCAGCAAUGUGCUAAUUGUCACUUUGAGGACAACAGCAAGACUAAACUGGCGCGGCACCUUAUCGCAUGCGCUAAAAAGUUUAAACCAGAAUUUAAUUUAGGCCCUCCUCUUGAAUGGGAACCACCAGCAAAAAUACCAAAGUUAACACGAGCACGUAACAACAUUGUGGGUCCAUACCAAUCUAACUUCAACCGGCCACAGAUGAAUAUGAACAACCUGGGAAGACCUCAGUUAAAUAUAUCCAAUGUGCUUCCUAAUAUGCCUGUGCUGGGCAGACCUCGCGGCCGUCCUCCCAUCAGUGGACCGCCUAGAGCAGCGCCCGUCGCAGGUGUGCCGAUUAUACGCAGUGGAGUUAUGAUAAUGCACAAUGCACCUACUGGAACCACAAUAGCCAACUACCCGCUCAUACAAAAUAGUCAAAGUGCUCCAACAACACCUAAAAUAUCUAUUACACCUCUUCCUCGGGCACCACAACCAUCUUCUUCACAAUCUUCCCAGAAUUCCAAAGCUACAUUUGUAAUUUGUGAAAUCUGUGAUGGUUAUAUUAAGGAUUUGGAGCAGCUAAGAAAUCACAUGCAAUGGAUUCAUAAGGUGAAGAUUCAUCCUAAGAUGAUUUACAAUAGGCCUCCAUUAAACUGUCAGAAAUGCCAAUUUAGAUUUUUCACUGAUCAAGGUCUAGAACGGCACUUGUUAGGAUCUCAUGGAUUGGUGACAAGCUCUAUGCAGGAAGCGGCCAAUAAAGGCAAAGAUGCUGGUCGGUGUCCCGUGUGUGGCAGGGUGUACCAGUGGAAGCUGCUAAACCACGUGUCGCGAGACCACAACAUGACGCUGAAGCCUGCGCACCUCUCGUACAAGUGCACCGUGUGCACGGCCACCUUCGGCAUGUACAAGCAGUUCGAGAACCAUGUGUACUCUGCGCACAGCGUGGUCGCCAAGCGCGUCAUGGACAAGAGCAAAUCAAGCGCCCCACCCGCAAAGCCCGCCGACUCAGAUCCAUUGCUGAAACCUCUCAAGAUUAGUGAUGAGAUAACAAUAAUACCGCAGCCCGCCAAAUCUACAGUGACUAUUACUGCUAAAGGUAAAUAACAUUAACGUACGAGGAAUGUGCGGACUGUAUUGGCGUCAUAGAAACGUCGCCCGAGCCUGCUUUGCCAGUGAUGCACAUCCGUGAUGUUGAUGCAGUAUUGUGUAAAUAAACUUAAGCUACACCGAUCUUAUUUAAUAUGUUAACAUUGGAGAGCCCAAGAUAUAGUAACAAUUUUAGUAAAUGAGCAGUGUGAAUGUUAUUUUUAAUAUAAACCAACUCGGAGUGUACCUAGCCUAAGUUGUAAAUUUAGUGUAUAAAAUAUUGGGUAGAUAAUCAACAAAUUAUGUACUCUGUGACACUAGCUUCUUUCCACUGUGUAUACAUGUGAUUUGAGCGCUGUGUGGUUUGUUUGAAUGUCACAAAUUAAAAUCAUUAAAGAUCUGUAUUGAGUCACUCACUGUAUUAUAACUUAGUGGGUGAAGAUUUCUUAACUAAAAUUAAAUUUUUCCUCGACAUACUUUAAUAUUUUAUUUAUUUGCCAGCCUUUUUGUCAAAUUAUAUAAGUAUGUAUUCUAUUGUAACAAACUGCUUAUAUGUUAUUCUAAUUGAACACCUGAUGUGUAGCAAUCACACAAUACAGUAUAAUUGGAUAAUUUUCCAUUACAAAUGUAUAUCAAAUAUUAAUUAGGUUUAAUUAGGUAAGUACCUACAUAAGCUUUAGAAUAAGACAAUGUAGACAUAGCAAUUAUCUAUUGCAAUAAAUACUACCGUUUUAAUAUAAUUUUUAAUAACUACCGUAUUUUUCCACGUGGUCUCGAGGGUCACCUCAGUCGCAGACAGCAGUUCAGCAAUGGCUACAUCACCAAGCUUAUUUAUUUCUGAUCUCAGGUCAACAGUAGAAUGUUGAUUUGGUAAAAGUUUACUAAAUUGUUAACGUACUUAUAGAACUGAAAGAUGUAUUUUUUUUAUUUAAUAAAAAAGACCAUUGUAAUUGUAAAA